AUGAAAGCAGUUAGCACGUUGAGGCCCAGUGCCUAUAAUGCCUUGAUUAGGGGACAGCUGCGUUUCAGAGCUGCUCCGUUCCCGUCACUCAAGGUGGCUUCUCCCUCGGGCUGGCGCCCGAGUCCGAUCGAGUGUUCGUUGAAGCGGAAUGUGUGGUUUUCAGGCCCGGGAUUUGGCGAUUUCGGACCCAGGUCAGGCGGCGCCGUGGUCAGGGCAGCUGCGGAGGAGGACGCUGGUGCGCCGGAGAGCCCUAAAUCGACGGGCCUCGCGGAUGCUUUGGUGCUGGGAACGCUCUUCGUGCUCUGGUUCGCGUUUCACGCUUGCUUCAGUAUCUACAACAAGCAGGUUCUCAAAGAUUUUCAUUACCCUCUCACUGUCACUCUUGGUCAAUUCGCUGCUGGGACAGCACUGGUUACUCUGAUGUGGACGUUGAAUCUCCACAAAAAGCCCAAAAUCAGUCGUGCUCAGCUUGCUGCAAUUCUCCCACUGGCGGUGGCGCAUACCUUAGGCAGCCUCUUUACCAAUAUGAGCCUCGGAAAAGUUGCCGUAUCAUUCACUCACACGAUCAAAGCUAUGGAGCCUUUCUUCUCUGUUGUCCUCUCUGCUGUGUUUCUAGGGGAGACUCCUACAAUAUGGGCGGUUCUCUCUCUUCUACCUGUCGUUGGUGGAGUUGGUUUGGCAUCCAUGACCGAGGUCUCAUUUAAUUGGUCUGGUUUUUGGAGUGCAAUGGCCUCAAAUUUGGCAAAUCAGUCUCGCAAUGUCCUGAGCAAGAAGUUACUGGUUAAGAAAGAGGAAUGUCUGGAUAACAUUACGCUCUUCUCCACAAUUACUGUAAUGUCCUUCGUCGUGAUAUUGCCCGCUACCCUUAUCGUGGAAGGCGUCAAAUUCACACCUUCGUAUCUCCAAGCGUCUGGUGCGAAUAUAAAGCAGAUUUACAUGCUGUCACUCUUGACUGGUCUCUGCUUCCACGCAUACCAGCAGGUAGUCGCGUACAUGUUAUUGCAACGUGUGUCUCCUGUUACUCAUUCAGUAGCCAACUGUGCGAAGCGUGUGGUGAUUAUCGUGUCUGCUGUUCUCUUCUUCAGGACACCAGUUUCAAUGAUUAACUGUCUAGGUACCGGAGUAGCCCUUGCCGGUGUGUUCUUGUACUCGAGAGCAAACCGUGUUAAGCCGAAGCCAAAUACUGCUUGA